UGUGGAUACGCACAGAUAGGUGAUGGUUAGAAGAGAUGUAAGUGGCGUCGGCCUCAGCUCCCCAAAGCUGUAGGCUUUGGCUGAGAGAGGCGUGGCGCACUCUGCCCCCCCACACCUCCCCAAGACUAAUAACCACCUGUAUGGAUGAGCAGACCUCCAGCGUGAUCCAUUCGCCCUCGUCCGCCAGGCACAGGGGCAGCAACGCGUCUGACAGCCGGGGUUAUGUCGAGGUGGAGAGGGGCGUGAUGACGGUGGAAAACAUGCUGGAGGAGUCCGCCGUGCUGUCGGCGCCUCACCUGUCGGUGGACCGAUAUGAGCGCGGCCGCCAGGGAUGCUGCGAGAGGGUGGUGAUCAACAUCUCGGGCUUGCGUUUCGAGACGCAACUUAAAACUUUCAACCAGUUCCCAGACACGCUGCUGGGGGACCCCAGGAAAAGGAUGCGCUACUUUGACCCACUGAGGAACGAGUACUUCUUCGACAGGAACAGACCGAGCUUUGAUGCCAUCCUGUACUACUACCAGUCAGGUGGGCGCAUCCGGAGACCUGUUAACGUCCCUAUUGAUAUUUUCUCCGAGGAGAUGAAGUUUUAUCAACUGGGUGAUGAGGCCAUGGAGAAAUUCCGAGAGGACGAAGGGUUUAUAAAAGAAGAGGAGCGCGUGCUGCCCAAAAAUGAUUUCCAAAAGCAGGUUUGGCUUUUGUUUGAGUAUCCUGAAAGCUCGGGACCAGCGAGAGGGAUAGCCAUCGUUUCAGUGCUUGUUAUUUUAAUUUCUAUUGUCAUUUUCUGCAUGGAGACUCUCCCGGAAUUUCGGGAUGAGAGAGACCAAGCCACGGUGGCACCCGCGGUCAACGGCACUGCUCCCUACGUGCCCAGCCCGUUCACAGACCCCUUCUUUGUGAUAGAGACACUGUGCAUCAUAUGGUUCUCUUUCGAGUUGCUGGUCAGAUUUUUCGCCUGCCCCAGCAAAACUUGCUUCUCCAAAAACAUCAUGAAUAUCAUUGACAUUGUCGCCAUCAUCCCCUACUUCAUCACUUUGGGGACAGAGCUGGCGGAGAGGCAAACCAACGGCGGCCAGCAAGCGAUGUCCCUCGCCAUCCUGAGGGUGAUCAGACUGGUGAGAGUCUUUCGCAUUUUUAAGCUGUCACGCCACUCAAAGGGACUUCAGAUUCUGGGGCAGACCCUCAAGGCCAGCAUGAGGGAGCUCGGUUUGCUUAUAUUCUUCCUUUUCAUCGGAGUUAUUCUCUUCUCCAGCGCGGUUUACUUUGCAGAAGCAGACGACCCCUCGUCCAGCUUCACCAGCAUCCCAGAUGCGUUUUGGUGGGCAGUUGUCACCAUGACCACAGUCGGAUACGGGGACAUGCAUCCGGUGACCAUUGGUGGGAAAAUAGUGGGGUCGCUGUGCGCAAUAGCAGGCGUGCUGACCAUUGCCUUACCCGUGCCUGUGAUUGUGUCCAAUUUCAACUACUUUUACCACAGGGAGACAGACGGAGAGGAGCACUCACAGUACGCGAACACGGGCAGCUGUGAGCACCUCCCCUCAGAGGAGCUGAGGAGGUCAUGCAGCUCCUCGUCCCUCAGCAAGUCGGAGUACAUGGUGAUAGAGGAGGGCAACAACAGCGCGUUCAAACAGCCCAACUUCACCACCGAGAACAACCAGAACUGCGUGAACAUCAAGAAGAUCUUCACAGACGUGUAAAUGAAGCCAGAGCGGAUCAUUUUCUGGAGCAUGAACACACUGUAGCUUUAAUAUUAUUUUUUUAUAUAGCCGAUCGUAAUGUGUCAGUCCAUAUCUGUGGAUGAACGCUGUGGAAAUGUCCGUUUUAACAAGUAAUUUAUUUAUUUAUUUUUUCAUUUACGCAAAUGGGAAAUUAUCAUUCUGCUCGUCUCCAGUGUAGAUUCAUGUGUUUCGAGUAUUUCAAAGAGAUGGAGAAGUAUUAAUGUGACGCACAAACACUUGCACUGGAAGAGUAUUCAUCCAUAUGCGAUCCAAGCUGUUGUCGAUAUAAAAAAACAAACUACAUUUAAUGAAGAAGUAAGCGGCUUGUUAAAACAGAUAUUUCUCAGUGUAUAUUGCCACAUGAUGCCUACAUAUCUUGAUGUUAUAAUGCGGAAGUUGUCGGUGUUCAUGAUUGGGAUACACGUGUAGCUUAUAGUCUACUAUGUUGUAUGUAUGCGUCAGUCAAAAACGACGUCUCGUGCUUCGUGGAGAGAAAAGUUUCAUAGUCCAGUAAUGUAAAGAAUAGACUCUGGUCAUUUUUACAUAGCCAAAUGCCUGUUUAGGUCAUAUUUAAUAUCAUAACCUGUGGAGAUAUGGACUCUUGAGUCUUGUGCUGAUUAUUAUUCAGGUAAUAAACCGCAGAGUGGUGUAGAUGGAGACGCUUAUCAUAAACUAUAAGUCGAGCUUUACGUCAAAUUGUAUUUUUAUUCAGAACUGCCUAUAAAGCCUAUAUUAAAUAAAACGAACAUGAAGUGA